GAGUAAAUGUCGCUCAUUGUUGUUUUUUCCGUCAUACAUUGUAACAUUGUAACAAAUUGUUGAAAGUUGAGACUAAAAAUAAUAAUCAAGAAAUGGGAUCUUGAACAUCAAAUUAGUGACAUACGAGUGCGGUAUAUUAACAACUUCAUGCGGAACAUCAUUUGGUCAAAAACAGUUUCCUUUAUUACGAAGAGACCGAUUGAACCUUGUUGUGUGUGAUUUUCUGUGUCGAAAAAACUAAAAAGGAUACAGGAAUCGCAUUGAUCGACUGAACAGGAAUCGCAAGACGGCAAAAACUAAUCUUUCGGGCAGUAACACACGAUUACUGAAUAUUGUCCAUAGUGCAAAGUGCGGUUUCCAAUUACACUCUCACAACAAAAUACCUACACUUAUAUCCCUACAAUGGCGACAGAGCCAGUGAUAUUAUUGUGUCACGAUUAACAUCGUGGAAAUUAUUUAAUUUUUAACGAUUUCGGGAGUGAUUUCUUGAUCCAAAAUGCAGUCAGACGCGAAUGCAGGGCAGAUUAUUGUCAGUAAUACCGAUGGAUUGCGGAACGUUGAAAUAUUGGCAUCACCCAACGAUAGAAGUGUUGCUCAGUUGGGAAAAUAUUGGGUGCUCACCAAUCUGUUCGACUCACCAUACAUCUACAAUUUAACAUCGAAAACCGACAAAUACAAUGUGGAUAACCUUGCGAAGCAAGACACAUCAACACCGGAACAACAAUAUAUAUUGAACGAGACCCAACCGAUUCCGAUGUCCACCAAUCAAAUUUCGAUCCCAUCGUCCGUAAUAACGAACUGUAAUUUCUCUGCAGACACGUCGUUCCAAAACAACCAACAGUUGCUGCAGAACAUAACCAUCCACAACACUCUAAAUCAAGCACCGAAGAGUAGCCAGCAAAUAUUGCGCGAGGUUCUAAACUCAACCGGUCAACAUAUCGUUUUGCAAGUGAGCAACGAUGACAUGAUCGUUGACCAGAACGAUGCAAAGUGCCAGAAACUCGUUCCGAAUACGAUGCACUUGAACGAUAUCAGCCAAUUCAGUCACGAUCAUCAGAUGCAAGUGCAACAAAUCAUCGACAAUGAAUUGAACAAUGUGGAGCCGAUACAUCACAUCAAGGAGGAAGUACAAACCAGUAAACAACAAACUUCGUCAGUGUCACAAAUUAGCGGCGACAAAAGCCAUCUAUCGAAUCAAAUUGUGGACGUGCACAGCGGCGACGGAGUGAUUCAAAUGAACAUAGACGAUAUCAGUCAGUUUCUUAACUACCACGAAGUGUUCGGUAAAAUAUCAAACGACAACAUACUGACCGUUCCCACAAUCAACACAUCAACGACCGCGACCACUCAGAGCACGUCCCAUCUAAUGAACGUAAUUCAAACGAAUGCGUCACCAUCGACGACGACCAAAUUUCUAACACCGAAACUGGAAAGUUAUCCAACCAGCAGCAUAGCGCAUACCGAUGGUAAAGAGGGCGAUUGUUCGACCUCAUCGAUGCUGCCCGGAAGCCAUGCAUGCGACGUCUGUGGUAAACUAUUCAGUUUCAAAUAUCAGUUGAUUGUUCACCGCCGACAGCACAACCGAAGGAAGCCAUUCAUUUGUCAAGUGUGUGGACAGGCUUUCGUCUCAACGGUUGAACUGUCGGCUCACGGGAAGUCACACGAUAACAAUGGGAAUAGUAUGUUCACUUGUAACGUGUGUUACCAUGUUUUCGCUAACGAGGCCAGUCUGGAACGGCACAUGAAAAGGCAUUCAACGGAUAAGCCUUUCGGGUGCUCGGUGUGUUUGAAAACGUUUGCCAGGAAAGAGCAUCUGGACAAUCACUUUAGAUCUCAUUCGGGAGAAUCUCCCUUUCGAUGUCAGUUCUGCGCAAAGACCUUCACCAGAAAGGAGCAUAUGCAAAACCACGAACGAAAGCAUACCUCAACAGCGCCCCGAUGUGAUAUCUGCAACAAAUCGUUUACACGGAAGGAGCACUACAUUAACCAUUCGCUGUGGCACAAUGGAACCACACCGCAUCAGUGUUCGAUAUGCAACAAGAAGUACACUCGGAAAGAGCAUUUGGCCAACCAUAUGCGGUCACAUACUCAGGAAACACCGUUUCGCUGUCAGAUUUGCGGGAAAAGUUUUACACGCAAGGAGCACUUCACCAACCACAUACUGUGGCAUUCAGGCGAAACGAAUCACCGGUGCGAUUUCUGCUCGAAAACGUUUACACGGAAGGAGCAUUUGCUGAAUCACGUCCGGCAACACACCGGUGAAUCUCCACACAAAUGCGACACGUGCAUGAAAACGUUCACACGGAAGGAGCAUUUACUGAAUCACGUCCGGCAACACACUGGAGAGAAACCGUUCCAGUGCACCUACUGCACCAAAGCGUUCACGCGAAAAGAUCACCUGGUCAACCAUAAUCUUCAGCACAGUGGCGAGAAGCCAUUCAAGUGUACCUAUUGUACCAAAGCUUUUACGCGGAAGGAUCAUCUGGUGAACCAUGUCAAACAACACACAGGGGAAUCACAGCACAAAUGUACCUGUUGCACCAAGACUUUUACACGCAAGGAACAUUUACUGAAUCACAUCAACAAACCGCAUAAGUGUCAGUUCUGUGCGAAAGCAUUUACGAGGAAGGAACAUCUGACCAAUCAUCUCCGGCAUCACACUAGUAGUGACAGUUCGCAUGUUUGCACCAUUUGCAAUAAGCCGUUCGGACGAAAGGAGCAUCUCAUCAAUCACAUGAGUCGAUGUCACACAGACCGUGAACGUCCGUUCAGUUGUUUGGAAUGUGGAAAGUCUUUUCCGCUGAAGGGCAAUUUGCUGUUCCAUCAAAGAUGCCAUAAUAAAGGCGUCAAGGCUGAACGAAAUUUCCAAUGUGAUCUCUGUCCCAAAGAUUUUAUUUCGAAAGGUCAUUUAGUGUCGCACAGGCGUUCUCACUCUGGUGAACGUCCGUUCUCUUGCCAACACUGUUCGAAAGCGUUUGUGGGCAAAGGAAACUGGCUGAGGCAUGUGAAGAAAAGUCAUCCGCACGUAACGAAUCCUCAGUGCAGUAUGGCCAAGCCAAAAGAAACCAAAACUCAGAGUAUUCCCACGUCUGUCGUAACACUUUCCCCACCGACUGCAUCUACUGUGACCUCAAUAACCGGCGGCCAGGCGAUACAGCAACAAAUUACAAUGAUGCAACAUCAACAACAACAGCGUAAACAGCAGCAACACAACCAGCAGCCACCGAAAAGCGAAUUGCACAAUUUGAUGGAACAACCGAAGACCAUCAUUACCAAACUUGACCAUCACCAGGAUCAAGUGAAUCAGCAAAAGAAUCAACUGCAAACGUUGCUGGAAAUGCAAAAGAGCAUCAUAAUAACGAACCAUGCCCAACAUCAAUCGCAUGCGACACUUCAGCAAAUCAGCGAUCAUCAGUUAAUAGAGGCUAGCCAGGACAGUUUGCCCAUAACAAUUUUGCGCACCAGUUCGCAAAACAUUGGACUCAAUGCCGGUGUUCACAUUCAUCAGUUGUCGGCUGCCACUGAUCAGCAUUCAAUUGUUUAUUGAAAUUAUAAUUGUCUGUGAUAAAAAACGAUUGAAUCGGGCGGGCGCACUGAUCGUUAACGAUUGUAGAUAUGUAGUGACGGUUGAGUGAAGGUGAGUACUCUUCUUCCCGAAAGGCCGAAACAUGGUUCAGGUAAAUUCUUGAAGAAAAACUGAGUUUCCCGCGAGGGGAAAAGAAAAGUUCGUAAAAAAUGUGAGAAACGACGAUCAAAAUUCAAUUUGACGCGAUUGACUGAGUCAAUACUCAAAUAUAGAAAGCAAAUUAAUUAACUUCCUUGUGAUCCAAUUUAGAAUGACGUUCAUUAAAUGAAACGUCUGAUUGAAAUAAAAAAAAAAUCGCGAAAGCGAGACAGCAUAUACAAUGACCCCAUCAAAGUCUUUAAACGAACAUUUGAAUACGAUUUUACUAAAUGAGUUUAACUUGAUAAAUAAUAAGGAAAAUGUGAAAUCAGCAAAAGAAACAAAAAUAUAAAAAUUUCAUUGUGUCGUUAAGCCGUUAAGCAUUUGAAGAAAAUAAAAUUAUUUCUCGUUAAA